AUGUUGAAAAUGAUUGAUCGAAAAAAGUCAAAACUGAAUGUGUACUCAGAGACUGAGGUAGUAUAAAACUUUACAUUGAGAGAAAUUUUAAAGCUUUUUAUGUAUAGCCACUUAUAAUAUAAUAACUAACACUCCAAAUCAAACAAAGAUGAGAGAAGAAAGUGGUUCAAAUGAGAAAGAGAGAAUGAAAGGGAAAAUUGUAGCCUUUGCUCCAAGCAGCUCACAUGAUUAUGAUGAAGAUGAUACACAUAAUAGAGUGUCUUCUUUUCUUCAAUUCUCUACUACUUCUCCCCCAAAUAUUGCUGAUGAUGGGAUGCUGAGAGGUACAGAGAACCCAUGGGCCAAUGAUGGUGAUUGGACAAGAAUUGAGCUGGAGAAGAGAUGGGCUUUGAUCAAAGCUUGGGAAGAGAAUGAGAAAGCCAAAGCUGAUAAUAAAGCGCAUAAAGAGUUGUGUGCAGUUGCAGCAUGGGAGAGCUCUAAGAAGGCCUCUCUCGAGGUUAAGCUUAAGCAAAUCGAGGAAGAAUACGAGAAGAGGAAGGGGGAAUAUGAGGAGAAAAUGAAGAACAAAGCAGCAGAGAUUCACAGGGAAGCAGAAGAGAGAAGGGCACAGGUUGAGGCCGAGAAAGGGGAAGGAAUGCUCAAGUUAGAAGAGGCUGCUUCCAAUUUCCGCUCCAGCGGAUACGUCCCCCAUACCCUCCGUUGUCGCCUUUGUUGUUGCUGUUGCUGUCGUCCCUGCUAGCUUGCUGCUGUCAAAGAUAACUUGCUUGACAAAUUGACUUUGGCCUUAUGUUUUUUAUAUUUUUGAACUCUUUGUUUGUGACUCGACAUUUCUCUUUUGGGAUGUGGAUGUGACACUUCCCGACAUACCGACACAAUAUCAGAGAAUGGUAAAAACCCACCACCCUGCACGGAGGAUUAUUGUCUGUGUUGUGCACAUAUGAUUAUCAUAUCUGUAUAGGUAUAAAAUUGUUUGUGUUCUCAUGUGUAGGAGCGGGGGUGGGGGCAGUGUAGCACGGUCCUAAAGUAUCACUUUCGUAUAAUAAUGUGUUAAUCAUGGG